UUCUGAUGUCUCUUUUAUUGGUUUUUGCUGUAAUCUUACAUAUUUUUUUCUUAUUGCUUAGUUUGGUUUAGUUUGUUCUUUUUUAUUAAGUUGAAAGCUUAGGUUAUUGAUUCAAGACCUUUCCUGGUAUCAACUUUCAAAGCUAUAAAUUUCCCUCUAAGCACUGUUGUAGCGGUAUUCCUUAAAUUUUGAUAUGUCGUGUUUUCAUUUUCAUUCAGUUCAAAAUGUUUAAUUUCCCUGUGAUUUCUUCUUGACUUAUUUGGGUUAUUUAGAUUUAUGUUGUUUAAUUUCUAAGUAUUUGGGGAUUUUCUUGAUUUCUAAUUUAAUUGUCUUGUAGUCGGAGAACAUUCUUUGUAUGAUUUAAAUUCUUAAGUUUACUGAAAUUUGUUUUACAGCCUACUAUGUGAUCUAUUUUAGAGAAUAUUUCUUGUGUGCUAGAUAAGAAUAUGUAAUUUGUAGAGCUGGAUGGAAUUGCUCUGUCAUUUAAUUGAAUUGGGUAAUAGUGUUGUUCAAGUCUUUUAUCUUUGCUAAUUUUCUCUCUGGUUCUAUCAGUUAUGGAGAGUGAGAUAUUAAAAUGUCAAGCUAUACUUGUUAAAUUGCCAAUUUUUCUUUUCCAUUCUGGGCUUCGUAUGUUUCGUGGCUCUGGUGUUAGAUGUGUAUGUAAUUGUAUUAUUCUUCUGAUAUAUUGAUUUAGGAAAUUUUUUUUUGUCUCUAAUAAUAGUUGUUUAAAGUUUAUUUUGUUUGAUAUUAAUAUAGUCACAACAGCUCUUAUGAUUACAGGGUGUAUCUUUUUUCACCCCUUUAAACUACGUCUUUGAAUCUAAGGCAUGUCUCUACAACCAAAGAGGUUGUUCUAUUUGGUUCUCUGUCAAAUGGAAGUGUUUGUAGUUAAGAAAGCACAAAUUUAAGGUAGUUUCAUCUCUGUACUGGGUUUACUUUCUGCUGGUCUCCUGUGUGCUUCACAGAGCCUCAAGGUAGGCCAAGAGUGUGUGAAGUUUGGGGCCUCUCUGUCUCACAUAGGUUAGUGAGAGCUGAAGUAGGUCCUCAGCUGGCCAUCCUCUGAGAAGUCACUUUGAGUGAUGAUGCCCCUGAGCCUUGGAUGUCACUAACUGCACGACAAAGAGUGAGCCCUCUUCUACUACAGCAGGUGUCACUCCUCACAGGGCAACGCUGAUGGAGCUAAGGACAUUUGCUACAAGACCCUAUUGCACCCACCAACUCCACCUGCCAACACUAUGUCUGCAAAACUUGUAAAGGCAAGAAAAUGAUGAUGAAACCUUCAUGUAGCUGGUGCAAAGACUAUGAGCAAUUUGAGGAAAACAAGCAGUUAAGCAUUCUAGUGAACUGCUACAAAAAAUUAUGUGAAUAUAUAACACAGACUACAUUGGCACGAGAUAUAAUAGAAGCAGUCGACUGUUCUUCUGAUAUUUUGGCUUUGCUUAAUGAUGGAUCAUUGUUUUGUGAGGAGACAGAAAAACCCUCAGAUUCAUCCUUUACUUUGUGUUUGACACAUUCCCCUUUACCUUCAACCUCAGAACCUACGACUGAUCCUCAAGCUAGUUUAUCUCCAAUAUCUGAAAGCACCCUCAGCAUUGCUAUUGGCAGUUCUGUUAUCAAUGGUUUGCCUACUUAUAAUGGGCUUUCAAUAGAUAGAUUUGGUAUAAAUAUUCCUUCACCUGAACAUUCAAAUACAAUUGAUGUAUGUAACACUGUUGACAUAAAAACUGAGGAUCUAUCUGAGAGCCUGCAACCUGUCUGUGACACGGUAGCCACUGACUUGUGCUCCACAGGCAUUGAUAUCUGCAGUUUCAGUGAAGACAUAAAACCUGGUGACUCUCUGUUACUGAGUGUUGAAGAAGUACUCCGCAGCUUAGAAACAGUUUCAAAUACAGAGGUUUGUUGCCCUAAUUUGCAGCCCAACUUGGAAGCCACUGUAUCCAAUGGACCUUUUCUGCAGCUUUCUUCCCAAUCUCUUAGCCAUAAUGUUUUCAUGUCCACCAGUCCUGCACUUCAUGGGUUAUCAUGUACAGCAGCAACUCCGAAGGUAGCAAAAUUGAAUAGAAAAAGAUCCAGAUCAGAAAGCGACAGUGAGAAAGUUCAGCCACUUCCAAUUUCUACGAUUAUCCGAGGCCCAACAUUGGGGGCAUCUGCUCCCGUGACAGUGAAACGGGAGAGUAAAAUCUCUCUUCAACCUAUAGCAACUGUUCCGAAUGGAGGCACGACACCCAAAAUAAGUAAAACUGUACUUUUGUCGACUAAAAGCAUGAAAAAGAGUCAUGAACAUGGAUCCAAGAAAUCUCACUCUAAAACCAAGCCAGGUAUUCUAAAAAAAGAUAAAGCGGUAAAGGAAAAGAUUCCUAGUCAUCAUUUUGUGCCAGGAUGUCCUACCAAGACUGUGUACAAAAAACCCCAGGAAAAGAAAGGGUGUAAAUGUGGGCGUGCUACUCAAAAUCCAAGUGUUCUUACAUGCCGCGGCCAACGCUGCCCUUGCUACUCUAACCGCAAAGCCUGCUUAGAUUGUAUAUGUCGUGGCUGCCAAAACUCCUAUAUGGCCAACGGGGAGAAGAAGCUGGAGGCAUUUGCUGUGCCAGAAAAGGCCUUGGAGCAGACCAGGCUCACUUUGGGCAUUAACGUGACUAGCAUUGCAGUGCGCAAUGCUAGUACAAGCACCAGUGUAAUUAAUGUCACAGGGUCCCCAGUAACGACGUUUUUAGCUGCCAGUACACAUGAUGAUAAAAGUUUGGAUGAAGCUAUCGACAUGAGAUUUGACUGUUAAAUCAGUGGGUCUUUAGACCUGCCUCUGGUAGGGAAAUAGCUACAGUUUUACGGCAGCUAUGGUUCUGUUGGUUUAACUUGCCGGAGCUCCUGCAUAUAGAUCACUUGUAUCAAGUGUUUUCAUUGCUAAGUUAUAUGUGUUAGUGUCGGGGAAAUAGUUUGCAGAUAAUGGAGGAGUAACCCUACAACUAUAUGUCUUUUGUUCUUACAGAACCUCAUAGUUUGAGAACAAAUGCUGAUGCAACUGAUUUAUACAAAAUGAACUUUGGCAAGGAAAAUAACAUUAACCUCAUUGUUUAUGGUCAUGCUUUGUGCAUAAUCAAAGUUUAUGAUUAAAUGUAAGGAAGUGGUAUCUAGUCAGUCCAUAAAGAUUGUGCUAAUUUUUUGUGGAAAAGUAGCCAUUAGUUUAUUCAGGAGACUCAGUGCUGCCUUCAGAUGCCAUUGAUAUUUCUCCUGUUGGAAAGCUGAUGUGUCCAGUUCAACUUUUGUACUGACAUAUACUAUUUCUGAUCAUGAAAAUUGGCUACGUGGUGUAUGUAGCAGUUCUUAAAUCAGCAGUAUUAUGAAAGAAAAUUUGCCCCUCGUUAGAAUUUUUAAGAUAUCUUUUAAAAAAAGUGAACAAACUGAACUUCUGUCAGACUGCAGAUGUUUAGCUGUUUAUGCUACAAAACUCUUCUCAGUUGAGUUCUUUUUUUAGUUAAGUCUGAUUUAUUUCUAGGAAAAAUUCUAAAUCCUUCACUUUGAGCAAUAUCCUAAUUGGUUAAAUGAAGUGGAGAAAAGCAGUUUUAUUCUGAAGGUAAUUGGACUAUAUAGUAUAUGACAGAAUUUGAAAGAAUUAUAAAAAUGUUUUACUUAGAAAUUGGGAUUUAUUUAAAAUAAUUUUUGGAAUAAUGCCCCCAAACUUAUCCAGAUUUAUGCAUUAUACUUAUUGCUAUUGGCCACUUCUUCAAUUUUUGUUUCCUUUAAUAGUUUGGCACAGAUUUUAUUUUGAAUAUGCUCCUAAUUUUUUUUUUUUUUUAAGGGUGCUAUUCAUUAUGAAAGCUUCUUUAUAGGAGCCUAAUAAAAAUGCCUUUUUAUGAUGCCUGUGCAUUUAGGUAGGUUUGAAGUUAAGGGGAUUUUCUUUAGAAUGCUCUUUUCCAUGUAAAGCACAAACUAUGUUCCCAUGAUGACCUUCUUCCCUUUAAUUUUUAUGGGGAAGGCAAAUGAGUCACGAACAUUCUGUUGAAGGGAAAUCUAGUCAGUUGCUUCAAAGAGCACAGCCCAAAUAAAACAAGGACUGACUAGGUUAUAAAAAAAUGAUCCGGCGAAUUCAGAGAUGCUGCUUUAACAGUGCUUACUUAAAAAUACUGCUGGAAAGUUUCCAAUUUCCACUACAUUCACCAACUCUAGUGAGAUAUGACAUAUGUUGAAGUUAUGUUUUGAGUUGGCACACAGCAUGUUCAAUGAUGGUUACUCACCUAGUACAAGAAAUGGAGACGAAAACCUUUGGACACAGAGCAGAUGACACCUCCUUCUGUUUUGUAGUGUAUCCUGGUGUCAUUUUCUGUGAAUGUGGUCAGGUAGAGUUGUUUUUGUUGUUGGG